CAAAACAAGAAAGCCGAACAACUAAGAGGUGCUGCUAUUAAUUGCACAAAUCGUGAUACUCGUGAAAAUCGCAAGAAAGGACUUACAUUUCACGGAUUUCCACACUGCAAUGCUCAACUUCUAAAGCAAUGAGUAGUAAAUAUGCGGAGAGACAGGUGGAUUCCUGCAGCCAGAUCGCAACUCUGUUCAAGUCAUUUCACCGAGUAGAACUUCGACAGGACCUGCCAGACUGUUAGAUUACGACAAAAGACACUUCCAACAAUAUUUGACUUUCCUGAUCAUCUUCUAAAGGUGCCUGUUAGCCUGCUCUCAACUCCCACCUGGACGACAUUGUUCCCCAGCUCCGUCACCCCUCCAUGACGUCAUCAUCAGUUGACUCUGAUUGAGCACGGCUGCAAAAUAACUCACCAUGGGGCCAAAGAAAGUUGCAAGUACAAGCACUUUGAUAAAGAAAGUGGGAAACACUGUUGAAUUCAAGAAACGACUCGCAAAGUACAAAGAUGUCGUCUUUAUGGCUCCCUCCUCCCCUCCUCCUUCUCCAGUCCUCGCCGGUCCUUGCCAACAGGAGUCUUCAGUCAAGAUCAGCAGCUGGGGAGAGAGGAGAGAGGCGGUCCGUUCAACAUCCCGUGACCGGGGCCGGCUUCAACUCCAUCCGAGCAACCGCUUCAACCAUGUUGAGCUUUCACUUGACUAUGGAAGACUGUGACACCCACUGGAGCCGGAAAUAUCUGUUUGUUGAAGGAGACAACUUUGCAUUUGGGGCGGCAUCCUUCAAAGAUCUGUGACCUGUCAUCACUUCUCCCAGAGUGUGAACGUCUGAACACAAAAAGGCGCGGCAGCCAGCAUCCACACAAGCACACAAGCUCUACUAUUAGAUUGAGUCAUGUCACUUGUUGCUGUGCCAGCCCUACUCCUUGUUUUGGGCUUGACUGCUCGUGUGUGGACUCUCAACCCCGAUGACCCCAACGUCUGCAGCCACUGGGAAAGCUAUGCCGUCACCGUCCAGGAGUCUUACGCUCACCCGUUUGACCAGGUCUACUACACCAGGUGCACAGAUAUCCUUAACUGGUUCAAGUGCACAAGGCACAGGAUCAGCUAUAAGACGGCCUACCGGCGGGGAGUUAGGACCAUGUAUAGGCGCCGCUCACAGUGUUGCCCUGGUUACUUUGAGAGUGGAGAUCUAUGUGUUCCUCUGUGCACAGAAGAGUGCGUGCAUGGCCGGUGUGUGUCUCCAGAUACCUGCCAGUGUGAGCCUGGCUGGGGCGGACUGGACUGCUCCAGUGCAAACACAGCCAACGGAACAGGCUGCGAGAGCGACUACUGGGGACCACAUUGCAGCAAUCGGUGCCAGUGCCAAAACGAGGCUAAGUGCAAUCCCAUCACAGGAGCCUGUGUCUGCACCGAUGGCUACCAAGGAUGGCGUUGUGAGGAGUCCUGUGAGCCUGGUUACUACGGUAAGGCAUGCCAACUACCGUGCCAGUGUCUCAAUGGAGCCACUUGCGACCAUGAAACCGGAGAGUGCAUCUGUGCCCCAGGGUACACGGGCGCCUUCUGUGGCGAGCGCUGCCCCUAUGGCAGUCAUGGUCCGCAGUGUGAGCAAGGCUGCCCCUGUCAGAAUGGAGGUUCGUGUCACCACAUCACCGGAGAUUGUUCCUGCCCUGCAGGGUGGAUGGGUUCUGUUUGUGCCCAGCCGUGCCCUCUUGGCAAGUACGGCAUUAACUGCAGCAAAGACUGUUCCUGCCGCAACGGCGGCCUGUGUGACUACAUCACAGGCCAGUGCCGGUGUGCAGAUGGCUUCAGCGGCCGCAGGUGCCAGGAAGACUGUCCUGUGGGCACCUACGGCCCACAAUGUAACCAAAAGUGCGAGUGCCACAAUGGAGCCAAGUGUCACCACAUCAAUGGAGCCUGCCUGUGUGAAACUGGCUUUAAAGGCCCCAAUUGCCAAGAAAGAUUCUGCCCCCCGGGCCUCUACGGCCUCAUCUGUGACAAGUACUGCCCUUGUAAUGCCACCAACACGGCGAGCUGCCACCCACUUUCUGGAGAGUGCACCUGCACAACAGGAUGGACGGGACUUUACUGUAAUGAGACCUGCCCGCCUGGCUUCUUUGGGGAGGGAUGCAUGCUGCCGUGUAGCUGCUCCAAUGGAGCUGACUGUCACCCUGUCACGGGGGCCUGCAUGUGUGCCCCUGGCUUUAUGGGUGAAGACUGUGCCACAGAGUGUCCUCCUGGUUUGUAUGGACCAAGCUGCAUGUCCACCUGCUCCUGCCACAAUCACGCCUCCUGCUCACCUGUCGAUGGAUCCUGCAUCUGCAGGGAAGGCUGGCAGGGGGUGGACUGCUCCAUCCUGUGCUCCAGUGGUUUUUGGGGUCUGGCCUGUAAUCAGUCAUGCUUGUGUGACAACGGUGCUGCCUGUGACCCGGUUGAUGGCACCUGUACUUGUUCUCCUGGCUGGAGGGGAGAGCACUGCGAUGAGCCCUGCCCUGAUGGCACUUUUGGGCUGGAGUGCCGGGAGCGCUGUGACUGCAGUCAUGCUGAUAGCUGUGAUGCAGUGAGUGGGUACUGCCACUGCCACCCAGGCUGGACAGGAAUCCACUGUGAUAACGUGUGCCUGCAAGGCUUCUGGGGGAACAACUGUUCACUCAGCUGCCCAUGUCAGAAUGGAGGCUCCUGCUCACCUGAAGACGGAACAUGUGUGUGUGCGCCUGGAUACAGAGGGACCUCCUGCAAACGAAUGUGCUCUCCAGGCUUCUAUGGGCACCGCUGCAGCCAAUCAUGCCCGCGCUGUGUACACAGCAUGGGACCGUGUCAUCAUGUAACGGGCCACUGCGAGUGUCUCUCUGGUUUCUCGGGCCCCUUGUGCAACCAAGUGUGUCCCAGCGGCAGGUAUGGAAGGGCCUGUGCCGAAAUCUGCCGCUGUACCAACAACGGCACCUGUAACCCCAUUGAUGGAUCCUGCCAGUGCUUCCCCGGGUGGAUUGGGCAGGACUGCUCUCAGGUCUGUCCCUCCGACCACUGGGGCCCGGAUUGUCUCAACUCAUGCAACUGUCACAAUGGAGCUCAGUGCAGUGCCUAUGAUGGAGAGUGUCGAUGCAGCCCUGGUUGGACUGGACUCUACUGCACUCAGCGCUGUCCCUCAGGUUUCUACGGCAGGGAUUGCUCCGAAGUGUGCCGCUGCCAGAACGGCGGUGAGUGCGACCACAUCACUGGCUUGUGUGCGUGUCGAACAGGCUUCAUCGGGACGAGCUGCGAGCAGAAGUGUCCUGCUGGUACAUUUGGAUAUGGCUGUCAGCAGCUGUGUGAGUGCCUGAACAAUGCUACCUGUGACUAUGUGACCGGAACAUGCUACUGCAGCCUGGGAUAUAAAGGCAUCCGUUGUGAUCAAGCAUCUCUCAUGAUGGAGGAGCUGAACCCCUACACCAAGAUUAGCCCAGCCCGUGGGUCAGAGAGACAGUCGGCAGGCGCCGUCAUGGGCAUCAUCUUCCUCCUCCUCAUCAUCAUGGCCAUGCUUAGCCUGUUUGUGUGGUACAGACAGAGGCAGAGGGAGAAGGGACACGAGAUCCAGCCAAGUGUGUCAUACACACAAGCAAUGCAGAUGACCAACAAUGACUAUUCUCUCUCCGAGUGUGGCAGCACUGUGGCCAUAAAGACCAGUGCAGCUGAGAUCAACCAGCAGCCGAGCAGCAGCAGCAGUGGCCAGUGCUUUUCCAACCCCAGCUACCACACUGUGGCGCAGUGCAAUGUUGUAUCAACCAUCUCCAGCAACUUGGAUGCCACAUUGACUCUCAAAUCAAGCACCCUGAAAAGCCGAAAUGGUUCCGACUGGAGAGCCUUCUGCAACCUCAAUGAUCUUGCAGCAGAUGUUCAACAAGGGGAGGCACAGGCCUCGAGGGGUUCCAGAAAAGAUUACAUCAAGGGAUCCAUGUGCAACAACAGCUCCUGCUCCCUAAACACUGAGAACACCUAUGCCACCAUCAGGGACCCCCCGGGUUUGGCAUGCAAGCACACAGAGAGUAGCUACGUGGAGAUGAAGUCCCCCUCUCACCGAGAAGUGCCCUUUGGAGGCACCGCCACCCUCCUGGGCGGCGCGACCAGGAACGUCUAUGAUGUUGCCAUCGCAGAGCCCAUGGUGAGUGUUUUGCAGGGCCCCAACGGGAUGGCCACUGGUUUCUCCCAGAACCCCUAUGACCUUCCCCGUAGCGCCCCCCACAUGCCGAGCCACUAUGACAUCCUGCCAAUGCGCCACAGCCCCACGCACACUACCCCUCCGCCACACCCGGAGAGCCCCAGCUCCCUGCUCUAGAGGACCCACCUUACACCCUGCAAGCAAACUUCAUGCAGCGUCAGGCCCUUUGUCUCCAUGUGCUCAACAAGGAACUGACAUAUUGAGAUGGAGGGACAGCCGCAGCUCCUUGGGACCCUGCUUUCUUUUGUGGAAAAAGCAAAGGAGGAAAGUCCACACACCAGCAAUCAUUCACCUUUUUUUAUUUUCUCAGAUCCUUCAAACUGCAUCCCAGAUAUUUAUGGGCCUUCUAUGGAAUAGAACACAGUGGCUCCAGAUGAAGCUAAAGCUGUCAUACUUGGAUUGGAUGGACAGAUUAUAUUUACAGGGACAGAGCUGUCCUUCAUUCAAUUUAUGAAGGACAAACUGUGGUUUAUGUGAGUAAUGGUUAUGCCCCAGUGAAGAGUGUAUAGCUGUAAAGAUUUACGAUGUACAGGCGUCACAGAUGAUAUGAAAUGUCAAACAGAGAUGAUGAAUUUGAGCUCACCUUGUGACACGAACAAGUUUCAGUUCAAGUUGGAAGACAAGGUUCUAAUUGAUACAAAGCAUGGAGACUUCAAAAAAAAUAACGCCAGUGUCCUCUCAUCCAUUGCUCACUGGUAAUGAGCAGACAGCGAUGUGAUGGCUGUGUCAAACUUGAAGAGCUUCAAUUGUGUUGCAGUGUAGUGUAAAUGAGGCUGUUAUUCAGGUCAGCAGAGUUCACGCACUUGUGCUUCAAAAAAACAUCUCGAGUUUGGGAUUUGCUCUUUGCUGAUGAACACUCUGGAUCUUGUGUUGUUUUCUAUGUGGAAGAAGUUCUCUUGCAAAUGUCUUGACCAUUUCUUGUACACAUUGUCAAGAAGGAAUUGUUUUGACCUUUAUGUUUGCUAUUCAUACAGAUAAUUUAUUGUCUAUUCAUUUAUUAGUGAUGGUGAAUUUCAUCUGUGUGACAUUAGAUUAAAAAAAAUUAAACAUGCGCAUGAACACUGAUGUACAUAACACCAAAACAUCAAUUUAUCUACUUGUGAGAUGUAAUUUUGUGAAGCGUUUUAAAUUAAAUUCUCUAUCUCUUUCUCUCUCUCCUGUUGUGUGAGAUUGUAAAUUAGAUAAAAUAUUUUAUCUGACCAAUUCAACACCCACAAAUGCCCUGUGGAGUUGUUAUGUGUGGGGGGGAAAGAGCUCCAUUAAAAAAACAUCAGUUUGCAUUAAACAAUAGUCAUUUGUUUUGAGUUAGAAUGAUUCAUGGACUGUGUAAGCUCCAUUACAGCCUAUGGAAGCAAUAACAUGAUGACAAUCAUUGCCCAGACUGGAUUUUCAGUCCAAUGUGACACUUUUCAUAUUUAUUUUCUCAUCACUUGCUGUCGUAUCAAUGCUGCUUGUGGUUUUGGUGAGUACAUUUCACAUUAAAAGCCU